UGGAGAUCCGAGACCGUGGUCAAGGCAGGCGUCGGAGAAGGGGAAGAGGAGGCUUGGAAGGGAUGAGGGAGAGCAGAUUGCAGGAGAUCAUCAGCGAGCAACGGAGAAGCUGGUGUCGGAUUUCCAUCAGCCAUCAUGUCAGGUGGGAAGGUAUCUUUCAAGGUGACGCUGACUUCUGACCCAAAGCUUCCGUACAAAGUGUUCAGUGUACCAGAAGAGGCUCCAUUCGUCGCCGUCCUCAAGUUUGCAGCCGAAGAAUUUAAAGUUCCGCCCCAGACAAGCGCCAUCAUCACCAAUGACGGAGUGGGCAUCAAUCCUCAACAAAGUGCAGGCAAUGUGUUCUUGAAGCAUGGAUCAGAGCUGAGAUUAAUUCCCCGUGACAGGGUCGGGCACGCUUGCUGCCAGUAACGAGCUGUAUGAAUCUCUUUAAAAGAAAGACUGGCCUUCACUAUCUGGAAACAUGAAUUCAAGAAUAAUAUUGCCUGUCGGAUAUGAUGUUAUAUCCGCUGGGCAGCUUUGGAUUUUGAGGCCAAGUUAAUGUCAAAAUUAUAUUCCAUUUGAAGUGUUUUUGUUGGUCUCACUUUUGUUUACUAGAUUAAAUGCAGGCUGUUGAUACUGUAGGGGAAUUGAGGUCGCAUGUCACCACACUCACACAUGCUCAGUAUUGUGUCUAGUAGCACAACUGCAUCCCAAAUUUCUCCUGAUACUUUCAAUCCAAUCCUGCAAAUUUCAUUCUAUAGAAA